AUGGCAACUAAGAUAAGUAAUCCAAAGGUUUUGGCAUUACUUGUGCUACUCACAGCCUUGGGUUUCCUCACUAGAUUUCAUUUCAUGCACAGAAAAGAUUCCAUUGGAUAUGUCAUAGCUAAAGAAGAUAAAAUCUUAAAUGUUGUAACAUAUGAUGUCCUGGGUGAAGGAAAUGGUGUCAUACUAUUGGAGAUUUCUGAAAGGAUGGAUCCCCCUCCUUUGGUGCUGUGUUCGAUUGAGUCAGCUGCUCGUGUAUACCCUGAACGACCGGUGGCUUUUUUCAUGAAGGGUCUGCCUGACAUUAAUUCGACAGAUUAUCAAACACAGGCACGAAGGAAGUUUCCAUCUCUCUCAUCUUUUGAAAAUAUCUACUUCUUCCCUCUGAGAAUGAAUGAAUUGUAUGCAGGUACUCCUCUUCUGGACUGGUAUAAAAAGGUAUGCAUAUAUCCAUCACUUGUUUAACCUUUAUUUAUUCCCUAUAUUUUUAGGCUUAUUUUCUAAACAAUAACUUGACUAAGAAUUGACUAGAACAGCCAAAAAGCAGCCAAGCGAAAAAAAGCUGCAAAAAACAAAAACGUGUAAAUUGCACAUUUGUUCAAUCUGUUCACACAAACUAUGUAUAUUACAGCUAAUAUGUUGUUUUUAUAGAAAUAAUGUUUUUAUUACUCUUCAAUAUUUAUCCAACAAACAAAUGUCAAACGUCAUAAUUGGACCUUUAUAAAGCUGCUUCAUGUGCAGGGCAAUGCAUCGAUGAUUUAUUUGUAGAAAAAGUUAACUCUUGUGCCCACCACAACACACAUCAAACAAUUCCCUGCAGUCUGGGUAAUAGUUUGGGAUAGAUCACAGUAAAUAUUUCCAUCAUCAUAUUCUGCACUGAUAGUUAGGAUUGAAUGGGUUAAAAUAUAAAUAACAUCAAAUUCCAUUUCUUACCAUUUGUUUCUACAUUUAAACAUUUUUUUUUAAAAUCACUAUUAUUUAGCAACAAGUUGGUAAUCACGUAAACAGCAGUCCUACCAUUUACUGCUUCCUGUUAAAGUUUCCAUGAAGCAAAUGUAAACUUUUAGUGACUGGUAGAUAGCUUCUGAUAAAAGCUUUAAUAUCUAAAACAGAGACUAACCCAUUUACUACCGAAGUCUUGUAUAUAAGGGCUUUUUUUUUUUUACAUUCUUAUUUAGCAAGCUUUAUUAUUCCAAGACAAGGAACAAAGCAAUCACACAUUUUGUGGUAGCAAUCGAAAAGCUAGAAAACUCACCAUCCUUACCAAAGCCUGCACAGAGUUGAAUGAGUAAUUAUUCUAGCCUCGGUGAGGGAAUAACCAAAAUUUUAUUAAAGACAGGAGGCGAAUAUUUGCUUUACCUUCUUUACUAAAAACCUCCAGCAGCAAAGAAACAGUUAACAUAACUUUUCAGAACAACCGAUCAGAACAAAAUAACAGCAGUAUGAAACCAUUUAGGCAGACCCUCCUACUUCCUCUUUCUUUGAUGAGGUCGAGCAGGAGAGCAUGAAGACCAAACAAAUCCAACUGUAGCAGGCACACUCAGAUGAAAAACUUCCACAACCAAAAAAAAUCCAGAUUACACUGCAAGGAAAAAGAAACAUUGUGAAAGUAAACUGUCAAAGAAAAAAUGACACCAUACACAAUUAGUACAUCAGUGGAAUAUGACAUGAUGAAUAAAUGCACUUGGACAACCAAAACCGCAGCACAGAAAAUGUAUUUAUUAAUAAAACAUGAGACCAUACAAUAAAAAGAAUAUAACAACACCCCCCAUUAACACAAUAGCAAAAAUCUAAACCAAUUCCGGCGGGAGAAAGUAAGGGAGAAAUAUUCGCCCUCUGUCUUUAAUACAAUUUAGAUUAUUCCCUCACCGAGGCUAGAAUAAUUCCUAAUUUUAUGGCAAGACAGGAGGCUAAAUAUUUGCAAUUUUAACGCCCUGACAUAAAGACAGAAGAAACAUGAGAUCGUGGACGGAAAUAAAAGGUUACAGAAAGUCGAUUCCCUAGACCAAUCAACUGCGCUGAGAAUAUCCGUAAGGGACCCACUGCCUUCUAGAGCUGCUGAAGCUGCAGCACCCUGAGCCAAAUGCACCCCAAAGGAACUCGCCCUGCCAGCUGACGAAAGAAGCCAUUGAAAGCAACGAGCGAUCGUAGGUACAGAAACAGCCCCAAACAGUCGAACAUAGGAAAUCAAUAGCUGCCCAUGGGCAGAAGGCCGAAAGGACGAAGUCAUUAAGAUAUACGUCCAUAGACAACAUGCCAGUUUCGCUGAGAAUAUGCCUAAAGGACCCACUGGCUUCUAGAGCUGCUAAAGCUGCAGCGCCCCAAACCGAAUGCACCCUAAAGGAACUCGCCCUGCCAGCUGACGAAAGAAGCCAUCAAAUCCAAUGAGCAACCGUAGGAACAGAAACAGCCCCAAACGGUCGAACGUAGGAAAUCAACAGCUGCAUAUGGGCAGAAAGCCGAAAGGAUGAAGUCAUGGAGAUAUACGUCCAUAGACAACAUGCCACACAGAGAUGUGGUCUAUCUGGAAAGUAGGGAUAAGACACAGAAGACAAAUUAAAUUUUGUCUUGCGUGAAAUAGAAACAGACACACCGUCUGGUGAAGAGGAAAAAUAGUCUAUGUCAUGGGCAUUCGAAACGUGACUAAAGGACACAAAACAUAACAGCAGAGCCAGCUUAGUGGAAAGCUGGUGCAGAUACAAGUGCCCGUUAUCAGGCCCUUCCUCAAGGAAAUGUAAAACAAGCGAGACAUCCCAAAAUGAGGAAUAGUGAGAAGCAGGGGGUCUCGAAAGGUGCACCCUUCUGGAGCAGUCUGCAGAUCGAGGGGUCCCUACCAACACCAGAAGCUUUAGAAGGUACAUGAGCCGCCGAGAUAGCCGAUCAAAAAACAUUACUAGUCCUAUAUGACUUACCCUGAGAAAACAAUUCGGCCAAGAAGUUCAGGACGGGCAUGAUAGGGGCUGUAAAGGGAUCCAAACAUCUCUCCAGACACCAGCCAUGCCAGGAUCAUCAGGAGUGCAAAUAUGAUCGUCUGGUGCCAGGCGCCCAAGCGUCCCAGAGUAACUCUCUAGACGUUGUCGAUAGGCCUGACACAUCAUAGGAACCCAGGAAACGGUACAGGUGAUCCUCCAAUAUCAACGGAGAAGCGACACCCUCAGAAGUUUGACCCAAUGUAACGUCCGGAGAAUCAUGGAGAAGGGGGAUGUGACAAACUGAACCUCGUCACAGGUGUUUGGAGGGGCCUGCUAUCCAGCCUCUUACCAAAAGACUAUGGGCCCUUUUAAAAAAAAAAAAAACUUAUGUGAACAGACUUGGUUUGUGUAUUUGGACUAUAUGGUUUGGGAACCGAACAGCCACACGAACCGGUGACCACCCUGGAGCUUGUAAAGGACCACUAUAGGCACCCAGACCACUUCAGCUUAAUGAAGUGGUCUGGGUGCCUGGUCCAGCUAGGGUUAACCCUUUUUUUUUUUUAUAAACAUAGCAGUUUCAGAGAAACUGCUAUGUUUAUAAAUAGGUUAAUGCAGCCUCUAAAUCCUCUAGUGGCUGUCUCAUUGACAGCCGCUAGAGGCGUUUGCGUGCUUCUCACUGUGAAUAUCACAGUGAGAAGACACAAGCGUCCAUAGGAAAGCAUUAUGAAUGCUUUCCUAUGAGACUGGCUGAAUGUGCGCGCAGCUCCUGCCGCGCAUGCGCAUUAAGCCGAAGAGGAGGAGAGGAGGCAGAGAGGAGGAGGAGAGCUCCCCGCACGGCGCUGGAGAAAGAGGUAAGUUUAACCCCUUCCUUUCCCCAGAGCCCGGCGGGAGGGGGUCCCUGAGGGUGGGGGCAUUCUCAGGGCACUAUUGUGCCAGGAAAACGAGGAUGUUUUCCUGGCACUAUAGUGGUCCUUUAAGCCUAAUUGACACUUUGUAGCAAUUUCCACGGCAGUGUUCAAAGUGUUUUGUCUGGGUGGCCGCAUUUCCUAUGAAUGACCACAAGGUGGCGGCCAUCUUGUUCGCACGAACGCAGGCACUGGUAUUUGGUCGUCGAGUUCAUGGAACUAUUUUCUUACACUGAAACUCCCUAACACUGCUGGACUUCCAUGAUUACCUGUGCUCGGUUCUACAACAGUUAGAAAGGUGCUGUUCUGUGGAAACAUUCUCACGAACAAGGGGAACAAGGUCCAGGGUAAGAACAUUGACUCUGUUCGGUAUUUUGUUCGGUUCUAAACUACCGAACUAGACCGACCGCAAACCCUGAAUCUCUGGAACUGUUUUGGGCAUGGGACCAGGCGUGCAGUCAGUCAAAAUUAAGACUUCCAGGAAAUUCCUGAACCCCUGAACCAAUCUGGGUGAUUUUUUGGAUAUGUUGGUCACCCAGAUCGGGGCUAUCAGGUGAUUUAACCUUUAGGUUUUUUUUUUGUGUAUUUUAAGGUACUUUUGGGGUGUUUGUAAAAAUGUGUGUUUUUUUUUUGUUUGGAGAUAAUUGAGUUUAGUAUAGUGCUUGACUCUGAAUUAUCUCCCAGGCAUAGGGGAGGGAUUGAAAAAGGGACACAAAAUAAUAGGAGCCCCUAGAGCAAGCGGUCCCUAAAUGGAACUCUGGAGACACAAAGAUAGACCCCUAUCUACAGAAACUCUAGUGGAAAGCUAAAAUAAUCUGUACAGUAGCGAGGGGCAGGGGAGAGGGAUUGACAUAUUUUGUAUGGGAGUGUCCUGGACCUGAGAGCCAAUGUGAUUGUGUAUUUGUUUCUACUGUGGUUUACUCUCAGGUCCAGAGGGGAGUGCCCCUUGCAUGGGGACUGUCAUAAAAGGCCAGUUGUGGUUACCAUUAAACAGAUUCGUUUUACCUUUCAUGAAGUCUAGGCUCGUGUUUGAGGGAUUGGAGAGCAAUAUUCACUUUGGGGAUUGCUAUAAUCACUAUACUCCCUUGGAUCACAACAAUUGCUCUUUUAAGAGCAGCCUGCUUUGCUCUCUGGACUAGGAGAGGUCUACCCAAUGGAAGCUGGAUCCUGGUCUUGGGUCCAGGGUGGGUGUAGUACAGUGAGACCCCAACCAAGCUGCGGAGGUUUGUGGCGUUUACGGUGGUUAUGGUGCUCGCAAGUACUAGGAAGCAGCGAUUGAUGGAGGUACCCAGUCGGGGUAUUAGGCAGUCAGUCACAUUUGGUGGCAGCGGUGUGAUGGCUUCCUAGUGAGUAUUGAAGCAGCAUGCAGUCGGUGGGAUCUUGCGCCAUCAACAGAAUAUCGUCCAGAUAGACGAUUGACCUGAUCCCCCUGGCUCUCAGUGUCACCAUGACCGACUUCAAAAGUUUGGUGAAGCACCAUGGGGCCGAGCUGAGGCAUGUAAACUGCCAGAUGCGUUCCUUCCAGAAGAACUGGAGGAAACACCUGUCCUCUUGAUGGAUCGGCACCGUGUGGAAAACGUCCUUCAAAUCUAGAUGCGAGAACCAGUCACCCUCGCGGAGCAGAUCCCUGAGGAGAUGGAUGCCUUCCAUCUUGAAAUGUUGGUAGAUGACAUACGGGGCACGCAGAUUGAUUACAGUGCAGAAAUCCCCUGACAUCUUCCUCACCAGGAAGAUAUUGCUCAAGAAGUGAGGGGGCCUGUUGCCCUCUCCACCGCUCCCUUGUCCAGUAGGAUGAGUAUUUCCGAAUGGACCAGGUUGGACGACUCCUUGUUCAUGCGUCUAGGUCUUGUAGCAGAGACCUGCUAUGGAGGUUCCACAAAGUCGAUCCGGAAUCCAGACACAGAUCUCCUGUGAUGGCCUCCCACUGAGGAAAAAAAUGAGACAGUCUGCCCGCAAUGGAUAAGUUUGGUAAAUAAGGCAGGACUUCUACCUGAGGUGUAUUUUGCCCGUGUGGAUGAAGCACCUCGGCUCCUGGAAGAUCCUCGGGAAAACAGUGGAUGGUAUUGGUACCGUGAUGAGGAGGUGGAGGAGGAGAAGGACUCUGAGAGAUGGGGCCUGGUGCCCAUGAAGGCAGAUCUGUUGGUGGUGUGGCCCCUGUUCCGAAAAGCCCUGGUGGAAAAACAGUCCCCAGAACAGAAGACCCUUCAGAGGGACAGUUGUGCCUUGUUGAGGGAUGUGUAGAUGGAGACAUGCUGCUUCAAUUCCUUCAUAAAGGCGUCCCCAAAUAACAGGCCCUUAGCAUCCGGACCCAGCUCCUUAGAGGCCAAAUCAGCUAAUUUCCCUUCAAGCUUGUAAAGUGCCACCUUGCGACGUUCCGAUUUGAGGGCCACAUUGGCAUUGCCCAGUAGACAGACAGCUCUUUGGACCCACUCCCAGAGGAGAUAAGCGUCAAUCGGGGGUCCCCCUUGCAGAACGUCAUCCGCCAUAAGGAAGAUCUGGGUCAGCGAGACGCUGAUCUUGAGGGGUUUAUCCUGGGUGGAGUGCAGACCCUGUUCCAGGCCCUUGCGUGGGUCCUUCCCAGAUUUCAUCAUGAAGGUGGCAAACACUGGGUCAAAAGCAGGGGUAAAGGCCACCUUGUCCGGCAAUGUUGGGCAUGGACACUCGGCCCGAAGUUUCGCCCUGACCUCUUUAUCCAAAGGGUGGCGAAGCCUGUAGCGAAGAAACUCCACAAUGUGGUCCGAAGGCGCCCAUUCCGCAGAGCGGGAAUGCUUGAGGAGGUGCGGGUUGAAGAGCGGGUGACCAGAGGGCUCUAAGAUCUAACCAGGGUCAACAGCAUUGGCAGCAGGGGCUCUUUGUGAGUUGGCCAGAGGGAAGUCCAACACCGUCCUCUGCACAUACCGCGAACGAUGGUCAAGAACACCUUCGCCGGGUGACGUGGCACUCGAGCUGCCAGCCCGGUAUUCAUCUAGAAUGUCGUAGCCUGGUGCUCCAGAGAAUGCGUCCUCAUCCGGGCAACCGUCUGAUCCCAGUCUGAUUUGGCAGACAUCUUUCCUUUAUUUGAGGGAGUGCAGUGGCCCUUCCAAGGCCUCUUGGGCACUGAGCCCAUGUCCGCAGAGCGUAGGGAGCCACCUGAGUCAGAGUCCUGUGCGCCAGAGGGUCCGGGCGUAGGUCCCGGUGGGGCAGGUGGAGCAUCCCCAUGGAGGGCAGCGAGGGCCUUAGAUAAGGAAUCUGCCAAGGUGGCACACAGCCAGGCCUGGCGUCCCUCAGGGGCAUGGAAGCCAGGUUUGUUAGACAUGACUGAUGUCACUGAAACAGAGGUAAGGUACAAUCAGUGUUGUUUCCUAGAUAAGGCCAGCUGGCGGUCACCCAAUGUGCAAGAGGGGGUCACCCAACAAGCACUAACAAAUCAUGCAAAUUAGGCCAGCAGGGGGAGGGGGUCUCACUCAGCGUAAGAGUCACAGGACCCGGAAAGGCCCACCAGGCUAGUCAGAGGAAGGGGGUCACCCAACCCACAACAGUGCCACUUGCACAGCAGUAUGGCCCAGUAGAGGGCAGUAUAAGCAGGGUUAGUGCCCCAGUAAUGCAGAGAGGGGGAUGACCCCAUGUAUCAAUAGGCCAGAGGCCUUCCCUUUGUGGGGUGACAGUUAGCCCACCUAAGGAGUAGAAUUGUAUGAUAGUGUAAUAGGUGCAGGUUUAGGACUGUCCACUGUUCAUCUAAGAGCUGUGUAAUGUGUGUGUACAGCUUACAAUGUAUGGAAAAGUUCCCUGCAAAAAAAGGCAGUAAUAACAAAAUAGGGGAGAGAGAGGGAGAGAGAAGGCUGGCCACACUGACAGCAGACAGCUCGGCAGCAGGGUGAGCGAAACUGGGCUGCCUGGAAUGCAUGGAGCCCACUCCACUGCGUCCACAAAAAUCGAGCAUGGUCUAACACGUGAAGCCGCAGAGGUGCGCGACAGUGCCACAAGCGAGACCGGGAUCGUUCACGUGCCGCGUGUGAGCAUUCCAGGGCCACGGGAAGCCGCUGGGAAGCAAGGAAGAGAGGAUGGGAGUGGGGGGUGCCGAGGGAGCGCACAGCACGAGGGCCGGCCGGGGAAGAGCCCCAGGGGAAGCCCCAGGAGGGAAAGGGAUAUGGACAGGAAAACCCAAAACCCCAGACAAGGAGCCAGGCACACACCCCACAGUCAGCCCAGCAACAAAUCCACAGACAGAGAUAUCAAAACCCAAGCAGGUAAAUACAAUGAAUAAAUAACAACCUAGAGCAGACACACUCUCUGAGUUGGACAGUGCUCACUUGGAGGCAGCAGCAAAGAAAGAGGAAGUGGGAGGGUCUGCCUAAGUGGUUUUAUACUGCUGUUAUUUUGUUCUCAUUGGUUGUUUUGAAAAGUUAUCUUAACUACUUAUUUGCUGCUGGAAGUUUUCAGUAAAGGUAAAGCAAAUAUGAAGCCUCCUGUCUUACCAUAAAAUUAGGGAAGGUAUGGAAAGUAAUCAGGAUAUACACAUUUGCUUUGUAAAAUAUGUAGUCCAUAAAGUCUUAUUUUCCUUUGUCGUACUCCAGAAAUAAUUACCCAUUUAUAGAGGAAUGAAUAUCUGAGCCAAAAGCCCAUUACACAUAUUUAUUAUUUGCAAAUAUCCAAAAAUUGCAGUCUCUGUACUCCAUUCCAAACAGUAAAGAUCAUAUUCUGCUGGUCACUGCAUCUAGCAUGGCCAGGUGGACGUCGUGUAGAGUGGUCUCUGUUUCCCUCUACCUGGUCUGACAGGAAGUGUUCACUGAGAGCACUUCCUGUAAGAUUGGGCACCACGCUCCGCUUGGUAACGCUACAUGGAGCAGGUACAGAGGGGAAUGGGGGGGGGAAUUGAGACAUGCAGGGGUAAUUGAGACACAUGGUGGGAUUGGGAAUUGAGAAACAUAGAAACAUAGAAACAUAGAAUGUGACGGCAGAUAAGAACCAUUCGGCCCAUCUAGUCUGCCCAAUUUUCUAAAAACUUUCAUUAGUCCCUAGCCUUAUCUUAUAGUUAGGAUAGCCUUAUGCCUAUCCCAUGCAUGCUUAAACUCCUUUACUGUGUUAACCUCUACCACUUCAGCUGGAAGGCUAUUCCAUGCAUCCACUACCCUCUCAGUAAAGUAAUACUUCCUGAUAUUAUUUUUAAACCUUUGUCCCUCUAAUUUAAGACUAUGUCCUCUUGUUGUGGUAGUUUUUCUUCUUUUAAAUAUAGUCUCCUCCUUUACUGUGUUGAUUCCUUUAUAUAUUUAAAUGUUUCUAUCAUAUCCCCCCGUCUCGUCUUUCCUCCAAGCUAUACAUGUUAAGAUCCUUUAACCUUUCCUGGUAAGUUUUAUCCCGCAAUCCAUGAACCAGUUUAGUAGCCCUUCUCUGAACCCUCUCUAAGGUAUCAAUAUCCUUCUGAAGAUACGGUCUCCAGUACUGUGUACAAUACUCCAAGUGAGGUCUCACCAGUGUUCUGUACAAUGGCAUGAGCACUUCCCUCUUUCUACUGCUAAUACCUCUCCCUAUACAACCAAGCAUUCUGCUAGCAUUUCCUGCUGCUCUAUUACAUUGUCUGCCUACCUUUAAGUCAUCAGAAAUAAUCACCCCUAAAUCCCUUUCCUCAUAUGUUGAGGUUAGGACUCUAUCAAAUAUUCUGUACUCUGCCCUUGGGUUUUUACGUCCAAGAUGCAUUAUCUUGCACUUAUCCACAUUAAAUGUCAGUUGCCACAAUUCUGACCAUUUUUUCUAGUUUACCUAAAUCAUUUGCCAUUUGGCUUAUCCCUCCUGGAACAUCAACCCUGUUACAUAUCUUAGUAUCAUCAGCAAAAAGGCAUACCUUACCAUCAAGACCUUCUGCAAUAUCACUAAUAAAAAUAUUAAAGAGAAUGGGUCCAAGUACAGAUCCCUGAGGUACCCCACUGGUGACAAGUCCAAGCUUCGAAUAUAUUCCAUUAACUACAACCCUCUGUUGCCUGUUACUCAGCCACUGCCUUACCCAUUCAACAAUAUUUGAAUCCAAACUUAAAGAUUGCAGUUUAUUGAUAAGCCUUCUAUGUGCAACAGUGUCAAAAGCCUUACUGAAAUCUAGGUAAGCAAUGUCUACUGCACCACCCUGAUCUAUAGUUUUAGUUACCCAAUCAAAAAAAUCAAUAAGAUUAGUUUGGCAUGAUCUCCCUGAAGUAAACCCAUGUUGUCUCUGAUCUUGAAAUCCAUGUGUUUUAGAUGUUCAUCAAUCCUAUCCUUUAACAUGGUUUCCAUCACUUUCCCCACUACUGAAGUAAGGCUUACUGGCCUAUAGUUGCCGACUCCUCCCUAUUACCUUUCUUGUAAAUGGGCACAACAUUCGCUAACUUCCAAUCUUCUGGGACUACUCCUGUUAACAAUGAUUGGUUAAAUAAAUCUGUUAAUGGUUUUGCUAGUACACCACUAAGCUCUUUUAAUAGCUUUGGGUGUAUUCCAUCAGGUCCCAUUGACUUAUUUGUCUUUACUUUUGACAGUUGAAAUAGAACCUCUUCCUCUGUAAACUCACGUGUAAUAAAUGACUCAUUUAUCCUUUUUCUCAACUGAGGUCCCUUUCCUUCAUUUUCUUUUGUAAAUACAGAACAAAAAUAUUCAUUGAGGCAGUCAGCUGACCUUUAUCCUCUUCUACAUGCCUUCCUUCUUUUGUUUUUAAUCUAACUAAUCCUUGUUUUACUUUUCUUUUCUCAUUUAUGUAUCUAAAAAAUGUUUUAUCCCCUUUUUUUUACUGACUGUGCUAUUUUCUCUUCUGUGUGUGAUUUGGAAGCUCUUAUAACUUGCUUAGCCUCUUUCUGCCUAAUCUUAUAGAUCAUUUUGUCUCCCUCACUCUGGGUUUUUUUAUAAUUCCUAAAUGCUAACUUUUUGUUUUUAACUAUUUUGGCCACAUCUGCGGAGUACCACAGUGGUUUCUUGAAUUUUUUGCUUUUACUGACAAGCCUAAUGCAAUUUUCUGUUGCCUUCAAUAGUGCAACUUUUAAAUAAUCCCAUUUUUCUUGGACUCCAUUUAAAUUGCUCCAGUCUGAUAAUGACUCCUCUACCCAUAUUCUAAUUUUAGAAAAGUCUGUUUUUCUAAAGUCUAAAACUUUUGUUUUUGUGUGGUGUGACUCAGUCACUGUUCUUAUAUUAAACCACACUGACUGAUGAUCACUGGAUCCUAAACUUUCACCUACAGUAACAUCUGAUACCAAAUCUCCAUUUGUUAACACUAAAUCUAGUAUGGCCUCUUUACGAGUUGGCUCCUCAACAACUUGUUUUAGAGACAAUCCCAGUAGGGAGUUUAGAAUAUGUGUGCUCCUGGCACAAGUAGCUAAUUUUGUUUUCCAAUUUACAUCAGGAAGAUUAAAGUCACCCAUGAUGAUAACUUCCCCUUCAUUGUCAUUUUAGCUAUUUCCUCAACUAGUAGAUUAUCUAACUCUUCAAUUUGUCCUGGGGGCCUAUAAAUCACACCUACACGAGUUACUGUGUAAUUACCAAAUUCUAACGUACCCCAAACGGACUCUAUGUUCGCCUCACUAACUUUUAUUAUGCUAGAUUUUAUGCUAUCCUUCACAUACAGGGCCACCCCUCCCCUUUUCUUGCCUUCCCUGUCUUUUCUAUAUAAAGAUGGUAUUGCUAUGUCCCAGUCAUUUUUCUCAUUAUACCAUGUCUCAGUAACAGCGACUAAAUCUACACUAUCAGUUGCCAUUAUUGCCACAAGUUCAUGGAUCUUAUUCCCUAAACUGCGAGCAUUUGUAGACAUGACUCUAAGCUUAUCAUUUUUUAACACACUUGCUACAGGCACCUUCUGUCCUUGUUUUGGGGACAAUUGGAUUGAUGUUUUAUCACCCUUUUGCCCCCCCCUCCUAGUUUAAAUACAUCCUAGCAAAACCUCUGAACUGCUCACUGAGAACAUUUGUUCCCUUUUGAGAAAGAUGCAAACCAUCUUUUUUGUACAGCUUAUCUCCAUUCCAAACAGAGCUACCAUGAGAAAUAAAGCCAACAUGGUGAGGCUUGGGGGGAUUAAGACACGUGGAGGGCCUGGGGGGGGGACUGCAACAUAUGGAGGGACUGUGGGUGGGGGGAUAAUUGAGACAUAUGGAAGGGCUGGAGGGAAUUGAAACACAUGGAGGGACUGUGGGAGGUGAGACACAUGGAAGGUGUGACGAAAGCAACUUCACCACUGGUUUUUGGAGCGGCCUGUUUUGCCACAAAUAUUAGUGUUUCAGAACAGUAAAACGUAUCACAGCAAUAAUAUCAUCAGUGAAAGUGCCAUUUGUGUGUGAAAAAUGCAAAAAUCUUCACUGACAAUAUCAUCACUGUGAUAUCUUUUACUGUUUUGAAACACUAAUAUUUGUGUUCAGCGAAGUCUCCCGAGUAAAAGAGUAUGCCUCAUGUACAGGUUUUAGGGUGUCAUAGAAAGUUACAGGGUUAAACACAGUGCUAGCAAAUUAAAUUCUCUGGACUUUCGGCCUGGGUUGUCAGGUAUGUCCCUCAAAUUGCAAUCAAUAAAAUUACUUAAUUAUGUAAAAAUAUUACAUAAAUAUGCACAUAGAAUUUAAAUAUAUAUACAUAUUUAUAUAUUUGAAGUCUACGUACAUAUUUAUGAAAUUAUUUAUGUAAUUAUGUAUAAGGACAUAUGUAUAUUUCGUAUUAUUUAUUUAUACAUAGAUACAUAUAUCAUUUCAUUCUAAGUGUAUUUUGAUAUAAAUAUAUACACACACAUAUAUAUAUAUAUAUAUAUAUAUAUAUAUAUAUAUAUAUAAUAUCAAAAUACCGUUAGAAUAAAAUUACAUAUACAUAUAUAAUUUUUUUUAAAUUAUUAAAAAUUAUUUUUAAAUUUUUUUAUUUAGUUUUAUUUACUUAUUUAUAUUUUAUAAUAAUAAUAUAUAUAUAUAAUAUAUUAUUAUAUAUUAUAUAUACACGUGUGUAAUUUAAUUAUACGUGUGUUUUGUAUAUUAAUAUAAUACACUUAGUAUGACAUUAUAUAUAUGAAAUAUAUACAUUUAUUAUAUAUAGAUAUAAUACAUGUGUGUAUAUAUAUAUAUAUAUAUAUAUAUAUAUAUAUAUAUAUAUAUAUAUAUAUAUACAUAUAUGUAUUUUUUUUUUGUUUUACACUGAUUGCUAUUUUUUUAAACUUUAUUUUAGAUUUUACACUUGCAGGGAGACUGCCUGUCAGCACAGACAGUCCCCCUGCAGGCAGAUACACAGGCACAUAUUGCGGCCAUGUGAUCGAGCGAUCACGUGGCCGUGGGGUUCUAAUUUGCCAUGGGGAUACGGUCUGGGCAGACAGGCAGCCCCCCCCAGACCAGGUGAAAUGCUGAUCGCCGCCGGGGGAACGACGGCGAUCAGGUAAGUACCCCAAGACCAUUAUGACGGUUCAGGACCGUCCCCAGUCCUCAAGGGGAUGUUUCUGAUGAUGGUCCUGAACCGUCAUCGGUCGUCAAGGGGUUAAGAACUAUGAGUUGAGCCACUAUAUCCACCAAAGGGUCCUUAUAGGAUAAAAUAGUGUCUAUGUGCCGGGUAACGGUAUAUGACCCUAUGUAGACAGACCAAAAAGAGACCAGGGAUAUAUUCACUCAGGGAAAAUCCCUUACUAACAAUUGCAGGUAGGGGGUAGAAGAUCAAAAUUUGAUAUAUGUGGGCGAUAGUCUGCAUAGCACUCAAAAUGUAAUUAUUUUCCAGCCAUUUUUGUGACGGUACAUCGUAUUUACUAAUGGUGAUUUUUACCGGCAGUGCUAUAGGGUGAGUCUCUAUAUUCACUCAUAUUCAUAUUCACUCUGACUACCAACUUUAUUUACUCUGUCCCAAUAGUCCUUACUAGGACCUCACCCCUUUCACUAUAUUUAGCAGCCGCUGUACUCUUCCUGCAUUUCUAUAUUGCCGAGGGUUCCCCCUGGCAUUACACUGCAAACAUGAUGUUAAUGUUUCAGGUUGCACUUCAAAGAUAAACUGCAACAAAGUACAGCAUAUACAUAUUACAGAAUAUUACAGUGGACACAGCGUGUUGCUACUUAUUUAUUUACAUACUGACAUUACAGAGUAAACUUUUGUUUGUAAAUAUAUAUAUAUAUUGAUUGUUUUGUAUCUUUUCAUCCCCUAUAUCCUACACUGUAUAAACAUCGCAACAUGCUUUUCCCUUGAUGCUAAUUAUUAAGCACAGCCUGGUUUUGUCUCCAUCUAGUGCAACAUUUGUGAUUGUUUCCAAUUGUAUCUCUUUUUUUCUCCCUUUUGUGUACAUAAUUAAAGUUAAGUUUUAAUUAUUCAUUCACCAUAUCUUAGGGCUAAGAGCUAAUUCUUUUCGUCUCUUAUUACUUUAUCAAUUGGGUUCAUGCCCUGCUCUACCAGCCCUACUUUACAUAUAUAUCAUUCUCCCACUCUUUCCUUUAUUAACUCCCCUACUGGGUUCCAGAAGAGACUCCCGGGUACCCUUCACCAUGGAGAAGAAAAAUAAGAAACACCAAGUGAAUCCAGGCUCAAGCUCCUGAGAUAUCUGGGCAUUUCUGCACAUGACCUCGUGGCCCAAAACCUCCAAAAUGGCGCCGGUUAAGGCCUAUAUCUUGCCAUCGUCAGUAGUAUUCUGCCGACUCACCAGCCUUAUCCAGGCACAACCUUUGACACAGUCAAGCUGGGAGACUCUGCUCCUACCACUGAGGACUAUAUAAAGGCACUGAUGCAGGGCAUUAAAUCUUUGUUUCAUGUUCACUAGUCUGGGAGGAUUUUUUCACACUCACCGGCUGUGUUGUGGCAGUGGAGAAAUAAAUAGCGUGCAACAUACUAGCACAAACAGCCACUGAUGCUGCACUGGGAUUGUUACAAAAACAAUGUUCCAACCAGCAAGUACAAAUAGCCAUCAUGGAAGACAGGGCCAAGGCUCGAAACCUGAGGAUACAUGGAGUGACCAUGUCAAUCUCUCAUGCUGAACUGCCCCACUACUGCCAGGGGCUUAUUGCCACUUUAUUGACACAUAAGCAAGCUAAGCAGCUGGUGAUUGAUUCCUGCUUUCAUCUCACCAGUCCUACUAAAACACCACAAGAUGCAUCUUGUAAUGUCUUGCUUAAAUUUGUGGGGGACUCUUACUAGGGGGGGUACUCAUGGGGCUCUCCCACGGUGUCUCUUUUGAAGGGCCGCACCUGGCAUUUGUUUUGCAGGGACUUCUGGAGAAAUACCCUCAUUGGGCAGAGGUCAUUCCAUAAAGUUAUUCAGAUGCUCUGUGAGCAUUCCCUAUAAGUAGGGCAUGCACCAGUGGGCAGGGUUGGCAAGACACAUAUCCUAUCGCACCUCUCUGAGGUACCAGCUUUUCUCCAGUCCCUGGGCUUGCCAGCUGCGGCUGCACUGGCAGAAUCUUGUCCAUCUUAGACUGUUGCAGGAAUCACUCCCUUUGUGUGCAGAGACACCCACCUAACCUACGUGACACAUGCAGCUGCAGAUAUCAGUGUCCCUUUUUACUUUUAUUAGAAACAUAGAAUGUAACGGCGGAUAAGAACCAUUUGGUCCAUCUAGUCUGCCCAAUUUUUUAAAUACUUUUAUUAAUCCCUGGCCGUAUCUUAAGUCUGGGAUAGCCUUAUGCCUAUCCCAUGCAUGCUUAAACUCCCUCACUGUGUUAACCUCUACCACUUCAGCUGGAAGUCUAUUCCAUGCAUCCACUACGCUCUCAGUAAAGUAAUACUUCCUGAAAUUAUUUUUAAACCUUUGUCCAUGUCCUCUUGUUGUGGUAGUUAUACGUCUUUUAAAUAUAGUCUCCUCCUUUACUGUGUUGAUUCCCUUUAUGUAUUUAAAUGUUUCUAUCAUAUCCCCCGUCUCGUCUUUCCUCCAAGCUAUACAUGUUAAGAUCCUUUAACCUUUCCUUGUACGUUUUAUCCUGCAAUCCAUGAACCAGUUUAGUAGCCCUUCUUUGAACUCUUUCCAAAUUAUCAAUAUCCUUCUGGAGAUACGUUCUCCAGUACUGUGUACAGUACUCCAAGUGAGGUCUCACCAGUGUUCUGUACAAUGGCAUGAGCACUUCCCUCUUUCUACUGCUAAUACCUCUCCCUAUACAACCAAGCAUUCUGCCAGAAUUUCCUUCUGCUCUAUUACAUUGUAUACCUACCUUUUAAGUCAUCUGAAAUAAUUACUCCUAAAUCCCUUUCCUCAGAUGUUGAAGUUAGUACUAUAUCAAAUAUUAUAUACUCUGCCCUUGGGUUUUUACAACCAUGAUACAUUAUCUUCCACUAAUCCACAUUGAAUAUCAGUUUCCACAGCUCUUUAAGUCAUCCGAAAUAACUACUCCUAAAUCCAUUUCCUCAGAUGUUGAGGUUAUUGUUCAUAUCAGCUUAUAGUAAUUUCUACAAUGUUUUCUUAAAAUCCAUACCCUGACUCCGUAAGCUGAUGGUUUGUCUCCCUGUUAAGUUCUGCCCCCACCCCCCCAUUAUUUUAGAACAUGCAAAGCUGUCUUUCUUUUAAUGCAUGCUCACUAUUGCACAUGUGUUGCCGGGUGGCGAAGGAGGCAGGGAGCACUUUACACACUGUGCUCCUCCUGGACAGCUCCUCGCCGGCCGCCAGUAUAUAGUGUCAUCGGCAUCACUGCUGGGCAUGCAUGAGGGACCUAUGCAAGAAGAGCACAUCAGCAACCACUGGCCAGCAGGAAGAGAGGAUCCAUUCCAGCCCUCCCAGAGAAACGUAAGGAGGCUGUGUGGACCUCUUAUGUACUGAGUGUAUAUGUAUAUGUAAUUUUUGUGUAUUUUGUUUUAAUCUGUGAUUGUGUGUGUGUGUGGGGGGGGGGUAUGUGUGUAACUCAGUGAUUAUGUGUUUGGGCCUGUGAUUGUGUGUGUGUAUCUGUGAUUAUGUGCUUGGAUGUAUGUGAUUGUGUGUGUAUAAGUCUGUAAUUGUGUAUAUGUGUGUUUGUGUGUGUGUGUGUGAUUGUGUGCAUAUCUGUGUGGGUACAUCUGUGAUUAUGUGUGUAUAGGCCUGUGAUUGUGUGCAAAUAUUUUAAUGUUUUGUUAUUUUGGGAGAUAUAUGGUUGGAAUAUUAUUAUAUGGUUAAAAGAAAUUAGGAGUGGCAUUAAAGGACCACUAUAGUGUCAGGAAAACAAACUAAUUUUCCUGACACUAUAUAAGCCUUAGGCCACCCCACCCUCAGGGCCCCCCUCCCGCUAGGCUGAAGGGGUUAGAACCCGUUCAGCCACUUACCUUUAUCCAGCUCCUCCCCUUCCGACAUCAGCUCCCAAUUGGAGCCGCUCGCGCAUUAAAAACGCCAAUAAGAAAGCAUUUCUCAAUGCUUUCCUAUGGACGUUCUGCGUGCUCAAUGGGAUUUUCACCUGGGGGACCUGGGGGACCUGGCACCCAGACCACUUCAUUGAGCUGAAGUGGUCUGGGUGACCAUAGUGGUCCUCUAAGCUUUGUUAGGUUUGUGUUAUAGAUGCAGUUUCAUUUUUCUGUGUUACUAUAAUUAGGUCAACCAAAUGUAGGGUUUGUAAACAGAAUAAUCAGCAAAGCUAUAUGAAGAUUUGGCAGAUUGGAACAAUAAAAGAAAGGCAGAUGAUCAGAAGCCUAAAUUUGGUUGAAACAAUCAAGUUUUUUUUGUUUUGUUUGUUUUAUAUUAAUAACUGAAUCGUUUAAAAUUGCUUAGAAUGGCAGAAUUCUAACAGAUUUAUGACAUUAAUCUGCUAUUCUUUUACUGUUUGGUGUUUAAAUAAACUCCAGUGUCUAUUUUUUAAUCAACAUAAAAUAUUUACUAUGCUGUUUAAUUUCAUUUUACUUCUAGGUUAAUCCCAAGAAGGAAAAAUAUUGGAUUCAUGUAAACUCCGAUGGAUUAAGAUUUGCAUCUAUAUGGAAAUAUGGCGGUUUAUAUCUCGAUGCUGAUGUAAUCUCAAUGCGACCCAUUCCACAUAAGAAUUUUCUUGCAGCAGAAGCUUUCAGUGUUUGCAGCAGUAGUGUUUUUGGACUUAAUCGCCAUCAUAACUUUACCUGGAAAUGUAUGGAAGACUUUGUAAAAAACUACAAUGGAGACCAAUGGGGAUAUCAGGGACCAUCCCUCUUUACACGUGUUAUGAAACAGUGGUGUGUGCUGCCUCCAUUUAAAAAUACAGAAGAUGUCACCUGUGGUAAUAUCCCCUAUUUAAACCCUCAACGUUUCUAUCCUAUUCCAUGGGAAAAUUGGGAAAGAUACUAUGAGGUUUGGGAAGAGUUACCAUCUUUUAAUAACUCCUAUUCUUUGCAUCUCUGGAAUUAUAUGAAUAGAAAACAUGAAAAAAUGGUGGUUGUUGGAAGCAACACACUUGUGGAACAUCUUUUUCAGCGCUACUGCCCCACAACCUAUGCAUCUCUUUUAAAUAAAGUCACUGCUAAUAUUUAGACAUCUGUUGUAUUAAAUAUGGUGGUUGGUUAUAACAAAGUUGAAAUAAAUUAAACUAUCAAUAAUUGUUCAGCUACACUGAUUGAUGUAUACAAUUUGUUUAUAUCUGCUUCUAAUUUAAAAAUCUUUACAAACCUGUCUUUAGUUGCUAUUUGGACUAGUACAGUGCAAUAUGAUAAUUAUUAAUGAAUAGUAUUUUAACUAAUAACAUGAUUCUUUUCUAGAACGCUGCUAGGAUUCAAACAUAUUAUCACUAAUAAAAUAUUAUGUCCUAUGAAGGGUUCAAGAAAAAUUCUUAAAAAUAUAAAACAGAGUUUUGGAUGUAAAGUAUAUUUUGCUUACGUUUACAGCAAGUAGCAGUUGGGAGAUAAUGGCAAGAAAAAGAAACCAGGAUUUAUUUUCUUAACAAGAGAAGUUGAAACAUGAUUAUAAAUAUAACUUGUCUUCCUAAAAAUGUAUACAUUUUGCAUAAUGU